GACAUCAAAGAUGACUACACUCUGAGAAUUAAAAAAGCCAUGAGUACAGAUGAAGGCACCUAUAUGUGUAUUGCUGAAAAUCGGGUUGGAAAGGUGGAAGCCUCUGCUACCCUCACAGUCCGAGCUCGCCCUGUUGCUCCUCCACAGUUUGUGGUUAGGCCAAGAGAUCAGAUUGUUGCUCAAGGUCGAACAGUGACAUUUCCCUGUGAAACAAAAGGAAACCCACAGCCAGCUGUUUUUUGGCAGAAGGAAGGCAGCCAGAAUCUACUUUUUCCAAACCAACCCCAGCAGCCUAACAGUAGAUGCUCAGUAUCACCAACAGGAGACCUCACCAUUACCAACAUUCAGCGUUCGGAUGCGGGUUACUACAUCUGCCAGGCCUUAACUGUGGCAGGAAGCAUUUUAGCAAAAGCUCAACUGGAGGUUACUGAUGUUUUGACAGAUAGACCUCCACCCAUAAUUCUACAAGGCCCAGCCAACCAAACGCUAGCAGUAGAUGGUACAGCAUUACUGAAAUGUAAAGCCACCGGUGAUCCUCUUCCUGUAAUUAGCUGGUUAAAGGAGGGAUUUACUUUUCUGGGUAGAGACCCACGAGCAACUAUACAAGAGCAAGGAUCACUUCAGAUUAAGAAUUUACGGAUUUCUGAUACUGGCACUUAUACUUGUGUGGCUACAAGUUCAAGUGGGGAGACUUCCUGGAGUGCAGUUCUGGAUGUGGCAGAAUCUGGAGCAACAAUCAGUAAAAAUUAUGAUUUAAAUGACCUGCCAGGGCCACCAUCCAAACCACAGGUCACUGAUGUUACUAAAAACAGUGUCACCUUGUCCUGGCAACCAGGUACCCCUGGAACCCUUCCAGCAAGUGCAUAUAUCAUUGAGGCUUUCAGCCAAUCAGUGAGCAAUAGCUGGCAGACGGUGGCGAACCAUGUAAAGACCACCCUCUAUACUGUGAGAGGACUGCGGCCCAAUACAAUCUACUUAUUCAUGGUCAGAGCAAUCAACCCCCAAGGUCUCAGUGACCCAAGCCCUAUGUCAGAUCCUGUGCGCACACAAGAUAUCAGCCCACCAGCACAAGGAGUGGACCACAGACAAGUACAGAAAGAACUAGGAGAUGUCAUUGUUCGUCUUCAUACUCCAGUUGCGUUGACUCCCACCACUGUCCAGGUCACAUGGACGGUUGAUCGCCAGCCCCAGUUUAUUCAAGGAUACCGAGUGAUGUAUCGGCAGACGUCAGGCUUACAGGCAACAUCUUCAUGGCAGAAUUUAGAUGCUAAAGUCCCGAAUGAGCGAAGUGCUGUCUUAGUCAAUCUGAAAAAGGGGGUGACUUAUGAAAUUAAAGUUCGACCAUACUUUAAUGAGUUCCAAGGAAUGGAUAGUGAAUCUAAAACAGUUCGUACUACUGAAGAAGCCCCAAGUGCCCCUCCACAGUCUGUCACUGUGAUGAUGGUCGGAAGCCACAACAGCACAAGUAUUAGUGUUUCCUGGGAUCCACCUCCUCCAGAUCACCAGAAUGGAAUUAUCCAAGAAUAUAAGAUCUGGUGUCUGGGAAAUGAAACACGAUUCCAUAUCAACAAAACGGUGGAUGCAGCCAUUCGUUCUGUAAUAAUUGGUGGAUUAUUCCCAGGUAUUCAGUACCGGGUAGAGGUUGCAGCUAGUACCAGUGCAGGGGUUGGAGUAAAAAGCGAGCCACAGCCAAUAAUAAUUGGGGGACGUAAUGAAGUUGUUAUUACUGAAAACAAUAACAGCAUAACUGAGCAAAUCACUGAUGUUGUGAAGCAACCAGCCUUUAUAGCUGGCAUUGGUGGUGCCUGCUGGGUAAUUUUGAUGGGUUUUAGCAUCUGGUUGUAUUGGCGAAGAAAGAAGAGAAAGGGACUCAGUAAUUAUGCUGUUACAUUUCAAAGAGGGGAUGGAGGACUAAUGAGCAAUGGAAGCCGUCCAGGUCUUCUAAAUGCUGGUGAUCCCAAUUACCCAUGGCUUGCUGAUUCAUGGCCAGCCACGAGCUUGCCAGUAAACAAUAGCAAUAGUGGCCCAAAUGAAAUUGGGAAUUUUGGGCGUGGAGAUGUGCUGCCACCGGUUCCAGGCCAAGGAGAUAAAACAGCAACGAUGCUCUCAGAUGGAGCCAUUUAUAGCAGCAUUGACUUCACUACCAAAACCACUUACAAUAGUUCCAGCCAAAUAACACAGGCUACCCCAUAUGCCACGACACAAAUAUUGCAUUCCAAUAGCAUACACGAAUUGGCUGUCGAUCUGCCUGAUACUCAAUGGAAAAGUUCAAUUCAACAAAAAACAGAUCUGAUGGGAUUUGGUUAUUCUCUGCCUGAUCAGAACAAAGGUAACAAUGGUGGGAAAGGUGGAAAAAAGAAGAAAAAUAAAAACUCUUCUAAACCGCAGAAAAAUAAUGGAUCGACCUGGGCCAGUGUCCCUCUACCUCCCCCCCCAGUCCAGCCCCUUCCUGGUACAGAGCUGGAACACUAUGCAGUCGAACAGCAAGAAAAUGGCUAUGACAGUGAUAGCUGGUGCCCACCAUUACCAGUACAAACAUACCUACACCAGGGCAUGGAAGAUGAACUGGAAGAAGAUGAUGAUCGGGUCCCAACACCUCCUGUCCGAGGCGUGGCUUCCUCUCCUGCUAUUUCCUUUGGACAGCAGUCCACUGCAACUCUCACUCCAUCCCCACGGGAAGAGAUGCAACCCAUGCUGCAGGCUCACCUGGACGAGUUGACAAGGGCUUAUCAGUUUGACAUAGCAAAGCAAACAUGGUGUUCAAUGGUAAAUGGAUGGGGCUCUGCAUCUGAUGAGGAUCGUAACUUUUCUAGUCAUAGAUCUAGUGUAGGUAGCUCCUCAGAUGGCUCCAUCUUUGCCAGCGGGAGUUUUACACAAGCACUGGUGGCAGCAGCAGAUAAAGCUGGUUUUAGGCUGGAUGGAACCAGCCUUACAAGAACAGGAAAAGCCUUUACCUCCUCUCAAAGACCUCGGCCCACCAGCCCAUUUUCUACUGACAGUAAUACCAGUGCAGCCCUGAGUCAAAGUCAGAGGCCUAGGCCCAGUAAAAAACACAAGGGAGGGCGCAUGGACCAGCAACCAGUGUUGCCUCAUCGAAGGGAAGGAAUAACAGAUGAGGAGACCUUGGUGCCCUAUAGCAAGCCCAGUUUCCCAUCUCCAGGUGGCCACAGCUCAUCAGGAACAGCUUCUUCUAAAGGAUCAACUGGACCCAGGAAGGCUGAGGUGUUGAGGGGGGGGCACCAGCGCAAUGCCAGUGACCUUCUUGACAUAGGAUAUAUGGGCUCCAGUAGUCAAGGACAGUUUACAGGUGAAUUAUAGUAACUGAGAGGAGACAUACAAAGCUGCUCUGAAGGACCAUCAGGUCUGAACUCAUGGAAGUGAUGACACUAAACAGUGCAAUGAACAAUUUCUUUAUUUAUGUACUAUUAAGAGAACUGUAAAUGCAAUGUAAAGACACACAGCCACACAUAUCCCACAGAUAUUUUACUUGUGUUCUUCUCUUAAGUACACCACCCACCUUAACUCUUUCCUGUCUGGAGUAUAUAAAAAAGAAAGAAAACAAAACUCGCCCUCCAGGAAGAAAAGGAUUUUCCUCUGUAUAUAAUUUCUUUUGUGCAUUGCUAUGCAAGCUCACUCUUUUUAGCUCUGUUCAUAUUAUUGUCUGUUCUUAUUGGUCUGUUGUACUAUAUGUGAAUUAAUAGGCUGUGGUGCCAUAUAUUAACUUUUAAUUGUGUAACUUUUAUGUUUAAAUUUUGCACUGCAAUUUUAUUUGGUGAUAAGCACAAAUCUCUACUCCUCAUGACAUGAAGAAAAAGACUGAAUGUGAAGGGAGUUUCUGUACUGUAAGCUAGGCUGGAUAAUGCUGGUUGUAACCAAUCAUGUUAGAUGGUUUUCAGUUGGGGUGUAGAAGUAGGAAGAUGCAAAGGAACAGUGGUGUUGGCAAAGUCUUCUUUGAACAUCAGGGACUGAGUCAAUAAAAGAAGCAGAAAGGUGGCUUUUACUAUUGACAAAAGCAGGGGUCAAAAGAAGGAAGAUAAGUCUUAAGAUUGAAUAUGCUUUAAAAUCUACAGGUAGCAAAGAUGUACUAAACUUGCUAAAAAGAAAAAAAGAAAUUAAAGUUUUAUUUAGAAUAAACUUUUCUUGUCAUUGUAAUUGACCCAUCUGAGAAUUACAAGCAAAAGAAAAUUAAGGUGUUUCACCUGAGCUGUAUUUAUAUUACAGUUUUUUAAAAAAGCAUUUUCUGAAUUACCAUAAUUAAUCUUUCCAACUCAUUAAGUCAGAGUAUAACGUGAAGUUCCCCAAGGAAACAAACAAAUGAACUCUGGAAUAUCUAGCAAAUAGUUAAAGAAGCAAUUUAUUAUUAAGACAUACUCAGGCUGCUUCCAAAUAUAAACUCUAUCGCAAUAUCUUGUUUCAUCUUUCUAAUACAUGUACAGUACACACCAGAGGAUAGAGCUGCAUCACUGAAAUUGAUGACUUUUUUAAAAAUAAUGCAGCCUAUAUACAAUUUUAUGUUUUAUUUGAUUAAGAAGUAAAGUUGAUGCCACCAAAUGUACAGCCAAAUUGUAAGUGCUUAAAAAGCAGUGCUCAGAGUAUGUUCAGUUCACAGUAAGUAGAUUUAUUGAAAUAAAUAUUUUAUGGUACAUUCUCAGAAAUUGGCUACCAACUAAAAUACGUUUGACCCAUUUUUGAAUGAGUAAAUUGAAAAGAAAAAUUAUAAAGGAGAAAAAUGCAUGUUUAUACACUUUUUAAAUAAAACCAAACCUUGUAAGUGGACAUUAAUGACAGUGUCCUGCCUCAUUUGUUUUCACGACUUUGAGAACAAAAAGUUCCUGAACAUCAGUCAUGUAUGCUCAAAAUAAAUGUGACUUUGAAAUAUAUGUUAGCUACUGUACAUGUAUAGUCAAUCAAUCAAGUAGAAGAGAACCUUCCUGAAAUUCCCACUUAUGACAUUUUCCCAUGUGCUACCUAUACAAUCCUAAAUUCUGUUUUUGUCUAUACCUUCUCAUAUUUUUCCUAUAGUGUCUUCAAUAGUUGAUAUUUCAAAAAACAUUCAACGUAAUGAUUGGGAUCAGUUCUAUAAUAUAGGAGCCCUUUGAAUGGUAAUUCACACUCCAUGCAUUAUUGGCUCAGUCACCAAUUUAUGUCAUGUUGUUAUAGCAGAGGGAUGACAAAAUUAAAUACUUCCACCUUUUUUAUUCCCUGAGACUGCAUCAGCACAGGCAAGCAUAGAAUGUAGUGUUCUUUACAGGCCCCAACAUCUUCUUGGUGCCAUGUCGUUCAUUUCUUCAGUGAAGGGAAAAUAAAUUCUGUAACACACAUUAAAUCCUUUAUCUGUUUUCUGCCAUCAGUGCCUGAAUUUUAAUGCAGUUUGAUUUCUCUGGGACAAAGAAACUGGGGAAGGUGAAAAGUUUCUGCAAAGAAUGGGUACAAACUUAUUCACAACUUUAAGACAUGAGGAAUUUAAAUUUUUAUUUAUGCAGUUCCCUACUUCACCUCUUUCUGCUUAGAAGGAAGCGAAUUCCUGAAAGGAUUUUUCAUUAGUGUUCCCCCUUUGUGCUUCUUUAUGACCCAAUUUAGUUUAAAACUUUAAUUUACUACAUGUAUUACACAUAGCCUUUGACCCUGGUAACUGGCAGGUGUAGGUGAUUAAUAAAGCAAGACUUGAAAAAUGAAGACUGUGUAGGCAGAUGACUUUUGGAAUAAUGUGGGGCAUAGCACCAUACCUUCCUGAUUUCUUCAGUACAUAAAAACUAACUGUUACAGUUAUAUUAUGUCAAUGCAGACCUUGCGGUUUCCUGGAAUGUUCUUUUAGAGUAGUCCGUGUUGCCUGUGAAAUCUAGUUUUAAAUAAAUUGGUAUGUCAAAUCUUGCACCCAAAUGUCAUCCUCACAUAGAUAGAAGGCAAGAUAAAAUGCUGUGGCUAUAUAAAUAAAUUUAGAAACAUGAUCAAAAAUCAAAAGCCUUCACCAACUUGCUAUAUGUCAAAAGCUGCUAAUCAGUAUGUCAACAAAAGAACAUAAACAUGUAUGACAGCCACCAUGCUUUUUCAUGUCAUAGCUGAUUAAAUAAAUAAUUAAAAAUUCAUGGAGCUCACGCUUCUGCAGGUCCAAGCAGAGACUUGCAUAAGCCAUCAGAAGGGAAUCUGGCUGGGAGAAAAUGUGAACUUAUCUUACACUCAUAGAAAACACUGCUAUGUGGCCAUGCCCCACACAAGCACAGCUUCAUUCAUAACAAAGUCUCCUUUAGGAAAAUAGACGUGUCAGUGCCCAAACUCAGGUGUGCCAGUGUAUGCAGGUGGAGUUGCCCUACCCCUCCUCCAAAUCUUUCCCAUGAGAGUUUUAAAGAGAGGUGGGAUAAUACAGGGGCAUGAAAACAAUGGAUUCCGUCACAGGAUUUGAAUCCAGUUCAAGCGAGAUUAUAGGAAAAUCAAGACCAACAUGUAAGAUAUCACAUAACCAAAGGGAAGUAAAACCAUUGCAAGUUUACUGCUGAGUAACAAAACAGAUUUAAUGGUGUUCUAUGACAGUUUAAUGCUCUGGGUAUUUAAAUAUAUUUUCAAUGGGAUUUGAGUUGGAAGUUUGUAUGCACUUUGGUGGAACACCUCCCAAUUUCUAUUCAAUAAAUUUAUGUAAUUGUCCAUUGAUAAUAUAAUGGUAACAAUAUGAUGACCUCUAAACUAUGGUUUAUCUUCUCCACUGGAAAGUGAUUGUGUGUCAGUAUUAUACAGAACCAUAACAUUCACUUAUUUGUCCAUCUGCUUCUGUAUAUUAUGUUUGUAGAAUUACAGGACAAGAAUUGGUAUAAAACAUCAUGCCUUUCCACAUUAUCUUAGAGGUGAAGUUACUUUUAUUUUGCUUAUCUACAAGUAUAAUGUGUACUUCAAAUGAAACACCAUACUUUUUUUUUGAGUGACAUUCAAUUUACUAUUUUUUUAAUCAUAAUUUCAAAACCAUUUAUUGUGACUUUAAAUUGUUGCAAGAGAAGGGAAUUUGUGGCCGUGGGUAGACUUUUUAUACUUUGUUUUAUAGAUGAAAUUUUUUUAAACUGUAGUUUAAGUCACUAAACAGCGUCCAAAAUCUUAAUGUGUUUCAUUUGAUGUUGUUAGAUCAGCAAAGAAAUUGGCAUAAAAUUGGUUAAGAGUAUUGUCAAAAAAUUGUGUAUUGUGUACUCACUGGGAAAAAAUAAAAUAUAUUCACAUUUCAAA